GGCAGGGGGCGCUACCGCCGCCCGCCCGCUGCCCGCCCGGCAAGAUGGCGGCCUCCAGGGCGGCGGGGGCCGCGGGGUGGGGGCGGCCGGAGCCAGCGGUGGUGGUCGCCGCGGUGCUGGCGGCGCUCGGCUGGCUGCAGGCGACGUGCGGCGCCGGGACCCCCCCCAGCGACCUGCUGCUGCAACCCUAUUUCCCCUCCCCGCACGGCCCUCGCCACAACCACAGGCACGUGAGAGACUGUCAGCCCCUCAAGUAUGGCAACAUAACACAUGAAGCUUGGCCCAGUGACAACAGGACGGGUGGCCCUGUGGCUACCACCAGAACGUUUGUUUCUUACAUCCCCUCUGAGGGCAAGGACCGCAAGGUGGUCUAUGGCCACUUCACUUUCGUGAAGAACCCCCUGAAGACCUUCUCUGUGCUAGAGCCGGGCGGCACAGGAGGCUGCCAAGCUCACCGCAGAGCUCCUGUGGAAGAGACUGCAAGGCUUGGGAAGUGUCUGGUGGCCCAGAACGGUGGGUACUUUGACAUGGGAACUGGAGAGUGUUUUGGAAACGUUGUGAGUGAUGGAAAGCUGGUGAGAAACUCUGGAGGGCUGCAAAAUGCUCAGUUUGGCAUCCGGAAAGAUGGCACCAUGGUGUUUGGUUACCUGUCUGAGGAAGAUGUCUUGGAUCAAGCAAACGCUUUUGUGCAGCUUGUGAGUGGGGUAGUUUGGCUCCUAAGAAAUGGAGAAGUGUACGUCAGUCAGAGUCAGAUGGCUGAGUGUGGUGAAACUCAAACCACAGGAACCUUCGAGAAGUUCAUCAACGUGAUAUCGGCCAGGACUGCGGUUGGACACGACAGUCAGGGGCACCUGGUCUUGGUUCAUGUGGAUGGACAGACGGAAUCCAGAGGGGUCAACCUCUGGGAAAUGGCUGAAUUUCUGAAGCAGCAGGGAAUCAUCAAUGCUAUCAACCUGGAUGGUGGGGGGUCUGCCACACUGGUCUUAAAUGGGACCCUCGCAAGCUACCCGUCUGAGCACUGCUCCUUUGACAACAUGUGGCGUUGCCCUCGGAGCAUCUCGACCAUCAUGUGCAUCCAUGAGCCUGCCUGCGAGCCCGCUGACUGCAGCGGUCAUGGGGACUGUGUGGAAGGGGAGUGCCACUGCACUGGGGACUUCUGGAGAGGUCCAGCCUGUGACAUCUUAGACUGUGGCCCUUCCAACUGCAGCCUGCAUGGCACCUGCACCGACUCUGGAUGCCUGUGUGAUGCCGGCUGGACUGGCAGCAACUGCAGCAAAGCUUGUGCUAGCGGUUUUUAUGGGGAUGCUUGCACCCAGAAAUGCCAGUGCUACAACGGUGGCUCGUGUGACCCCCUGCAUGGAGCCUGUUCCUGCCCGGCUGGGUACUAUGGCACCAGCUGUGAGCGAGAGUGUCCCAUGGGCUGGUACGGGCCAAACUGCCAGCAGCAGUGUGCAUGUGAGCACAUGUGUCCCUGCGACCGGGAGACGGGCAGCUGCAACAUCACCUAUGCAGUGGCAGUGCAGGACCAGUUGAACAAAGCUGGGCAGUGUUUGGCUUUCCAGAAUAAGGGAAGGAGCCAAGAAAAAUUCUCUCUGUCAGAAAAAACCUGGAUCUCCAUGACCUCUGUCUUGACUCUGCUUCUCGUGAUUAGCACCGUGGGAAACAUAGGGCUUUUCCUCAAGAGCAGGCCGGAGCGGCAGGGUGAAAGCAGUGACUAUCUCUACCACCGCCUGAGGGAGGUGAACGGGGAAGCCAGUCACAGCCCCACAGCUGCUGCCUGGGAGACAGAAGACAGCCAGGACCAGAGCCAAGCGCUCCUUUAGAGCCCUGGCUGAGAGCAGGUAGGGUACUGGCUACCCUGCCCCUUGCCGUGCCGCUUGGCGCUCAGGCCUCGAGUGUGGAGCUGCUGACUGACCCGCAUGCGGCAGUGAGGGACCAGUCCCAGCCUGGGAGGCACAGCCGGCUCCCCCUCUUCCUCCGCUGCUCUGCCCGCCCGAGCAAGCAGGACUGUGCCUUUAGUGGCCAUGAGGGGAUACAGGGCACAAGCCACCAGGCUGGCUUCUGCACACAGAAUUCCACAGCUGCAGCAGGAAAGGGAACAUGCUGGUUCCCCCCAGAGGGAAGCAGGUGAGGAAUGUGAGCCAUGGGCAGUUCAGCGAGGCCUUUUCUCACCUGAGCCGUGGCUAGUAUUUGUGAGAUGCAAGAUAAAUUGCCUCUAGCACAAAGCCAGGCUUAAGGUUGUUGUAGUCUGUAACUGUCUGCCCUUCCCUGGUAAGCUCAGAUUUUUAUCAAAAAACUGGGGGAAAAAAAGUUGUUUUAAAAUGCUGCAGGAGGUGCAGCACAUAGUAAAGCCACAACGUUCCUCCUGCUGGCUGCAGAGGCGGGCUUGCAGGCUGGCACACAGCAUCGGGGCGUUCUUGCACCCCACUUCCUUCACCUGGCUGCGCUGACUUCAGGGCCAGUGUUUUCUUAUCAGAUCCUUAGUCCUAGAAGUAGCCAUUUUCAGUAGGUUUUUGUAGUACAGCAACAUGAAAAGGCCUGUCAGCUCAAACACGCUGCUCUUGCAUUCUCUCGUAGCUCCCCGAAGCCGGCGCACGCUGCCCAGCUGCACGGGCUGCUGCUGAGGGACCCCAGCGUGGAGCUCUGCCACUGGGGAAGAGUGGCAGCCGCCCAGCCUGGUGGGCACAGCCCAGCAGAGCUGCAGGCCAGGGCCCACAUGCCCUUGCCCACUGCUGCCAGCUCUGCCCUCUUCCCUCUGAGGGAGCCGCCACCAGCUGGGACUGGGAUCAGCAGGUACCCCAAGUGACCCGAGAUCCUGAACAUCUCCAGUGGAAAUCAGACAUUUUACUAAAUACAUCAUUGCACAAUGCAUUUUAAAAAAAUAAUAAUUUUUGAGUUUGCUUCCAUGUGAGGAAAAACUAGCCUUUAAUGUGCUACUUUAAUGCUGCAAAGGGGCGGGGCGGGGCGUUACAGCCUCUCUGAGCCUAAAUAUUAACAUUUUUAUGCACUGUUUUUAAGUCUCCAAGUAAAGGUAUGGAAUUUUGUGCUGCCGUUGGCAUCAAAUCAGCCUGUAAACAGGAGAUUCUAUUUUUCUAUUAUUUACAUAAGUCUAUUUGAAACUUGAAUAAAUUCUAUUAGUGGUAAGUGCCUGAAACUCAGCUUCUUCCUGCUUGGUUGCAGCAGGCAGGCGCGAUCCCUUCCCCCUUCAGCUCAGCUGGCCGUUCGAACCCAGCAGACCCUUUUUAUUUUAAAAACCCAACUAACACUGCAGGACGUGAUGUGAAAAACAAGAAAUGCUGGUUCUACAGGAAAAAAUUAAAGAACAUUUUAGUUACUAAGCAGGAGUAGCUGAAUACAAGCUUUACCUCUGUUACUCUGUGGGUAAAGGGCACAGCAUGUAGUUACAUUUGCAGAGUUUACCACAGUUUGAACAGUUGUGUCAGACGUGUUUAGAGAUGCUUUUUUAUUUCCAACAUACAGAGGUGUACAGCUCCUAGCAGAACCUACAGAUACUGGAACUAAAUACAGUUGUUGUCAAGUAACAUGUUACAAAGCACUCCGCGUUCUGCUAGUGUGCUCUUAAAGAACACCAGGGAUCUUUUGGCUGAGAAAAUUCAGAAUUUCAAUUUAUAAAAAUGAAAACAGCUGCAAGGGAGAGAAAGUGCUUGCUAAAAAAAAAUUAAAUAAAUUAAUGCCCAUUUAACUUAUCUUUGUAACCAAGAGCUUGGAAGUGGAUGCUGAUGUCGUUAAAAGCCAAUGCUUGCCGUGUGAUUCCAGUUUAGCCUUCCAAGAGAGAAAUAAUCCAGUAUAAGAAUCAUCACAAACAUGCUGGCAGAUUAUUAAAGCCAACAGCAUGCAGGAAUUUUUGACAAGUGCUUGUCGAUGUUGUCCUUAAGAGUCCAAGAACUGUUUCUUGCAUUAUUUCCUCACAGUAUAAGCAUUUCCGAUAUUACAGGCAUUUUGAACUAAGGGAUUCCCAUGGCUGGCCCUCACUGCUGCGCCAGCGCACGGCAGCCUUGUGCCCGAGCUGAGCAGACAGUUGGGCUCAGCGCUUCCUGCCAGGAUUGCCAAGCUACAGUUAAGCGUUACAGAUUCAGGAUUAUACAUUUUUUAUUAAUAGUUCUUCUUUUCCUGUUACUGAAGGGGAAUCGAUGCAGCCAACUGGGCAGCCAUAAGACUGAAGCGAACGAGCCAAGGGACUGCAGUCACCCAGAGCUGCCUCCCAUAAUGAGUCGGGAUUGCUCUUGCCCUGGCAGCAAGUACUGGCGGCCAGGAAACCCCCAGGCCAGGCUCGGUGCCUCCCUGCUGGCAGCACAGCCAUGCCCGAGUGCUACCUUACAGCUCGGCACGCGGCAGCAAUAAAGCCCCCGGCGCUGCUGCGGGCACCUUCCUGGGCCGGAGCCUCCCUCGGUCAGGUCUCGCCGUUCUGCCUACAGCAGUUAAAAAAGCCCCUUUUGAACCUGAAGGACAAAACACACAGCCAAAGCAGCUCAGUGCUGCCUUCCAGCUUUGCCCUGAAUGACGAGUGUGACACCCCCUCCCCAGCACAUGCCCACCAGUGAUGCGCAAAUGGCAGGAUGGGGCAAACCCAUAGAAAGUUACUAAGAACGAAGGUUUCACAUACGGCCGUACUUCAGUGUAAACAGCAGCACUUUGUACCUGCAGCGCAGUGUCCCUCCUUGCGUUAAACAUGGCAGUGGCUCUUUGAGGUAGCGGUUGUGUUUUGCAUAUGAAAUAUCUGACACAGGGGAAAGCCCCAAAUCACUGAGGAGCUACUUUUUAAGUACCCAGCUCGUUACCUGAACACAGCCAAGCUCACCAGCUUCACUGAGGAGCAGCUGCCACUGCACAGGAGGGCCUCGCUGCAUCGCAAGCUCUGCACCCGGAACCGCAGCCCGGUUUUAAAGGUUCUGGCUUACAAGAUCUUUGAGAGAUGAGUGGCUCCCAGGGAACCAGGAUCCAGAACACCUCCCAGCCUCAACUGACAAGAGGCUGCUGUUAAGAAAACAGCACGUUUUAUUUUCUAAAGCACACAGAUGUCAUUUUAUGGGGAGAAAGGUGCUUUAGAAGAAUUCUGCUUCUCUUGUAUCUACAGUUCACAAAGUCAGGUUUAAAAAGCACAGCACAGCACAGCACCGCACCAGCCACAACAGCCAGGCUGCUGCCCCCUUUCUCAUUGUAACAUUCAGGAAAAAAAGGCAGAAAAAGAUCUAUACUGAAUUACUUAAAUUGGUAGGUGGAAUAACCCCGGCAGUUUUGCUUACAAUCAACAUGGGAGAGUUCACAAGCUGCUUCCCACACGGAUGUGUGCAGCAGUCUCUCGUGGGGCCGGAGCGCGGUGCCACCGAGGAACAAGAAAAGCCACAGUGCGCCAUCCCCAGCACGCUGUAGGACCAGCCCCUCAUCUCUUCCCUGCUUGUUCAGAGACCUGCCAGAGGCUGCCAAGAUCCCCACUGACAAGAGUCAAACACCCAAACCUUUUCCUGCUGGCAGGACAGCAGCACAUGCCACAUUUGACAAUAAUAAUAAAAAAAAUAAAUUAAAAAAAUCCAGUGCAAUGGAGGAAAUUCUUAACCAGAGCAAACCAAGGGAAACGGGAAUGUUACCACCAUGGGACAUGACUGACCAAGCCACAGGAAACCGAAACCCUGAAACAGCGUGGGGAGGACAAGGCUGGGUUUGCUCCUGAUGCUUUGGGAAUCAGCUUGACUCUAUUUCUAGCAUCAGAAUUAAUUACAGGUAAAGGAUUUUACAUGAGGGAUACACACAUGCACUUUUAAUUCCAGAACUCUUGAUUUUCCGGAGCAAAGGCGGUACUUUUCCGUCUCUAUCAGACUGCGAUUACACUAACAUGCCAGAGACAGAGAAAUGGUGAAGUCACUGAACAACGGGGGAAUCUGCUGAACUCGCAGCUUCCCCAAAGCCGGCACAACUAAGUCACCUGUUCCACUCUUACACCAGAGACAUAAAGAGGGAGAGUAA